CUUGAAUCAAUUACGCCUUUAUGCCUCUGUUACUUUAACCAGAAAGACCAUUAGACCAAGACGCGAAGUGAAUCAGCAUAUUCCAUGGAAUGUCCUCCAUUCCUACUAUUACCAGAUUGCCCUUUUCACCUUCGUGAAAUUGCCAUUCGUUAUUCGUUAACAUAGAGAUAUAUACGUAAGAUGUAAGACAUGAUACAGAGAGUCCAGUCGGAAUAAACUGUUAAAAAGUUCUAACCAUUUCUCACUGUCAUCUUCUCCACGCCAGAUUUUGCAUCUAAAAAAUGGCUGACAUUGCAGUGGAGGAGUUCUUGGCUGUGGCAGUUGAUGCAGCUAAGCAAGCCGGCGAGAUUAUACGAAAUGGUUUCCACCAGAAAAAGCAUAUCGAACACAAAGGCUCGGUGGAUUUGGUCACGGAGACCGACAAGGCAUGUGAAACCCUCAUAUUCAAUCAUCUUAAGCAACACUUCCCAACUCAUAAGUUCAUUGGAGAAGAAACAACGGCAGCUUAUGGAGCUUCUGAGCUGACAGAUGAACCUACAUGGAUAGUUGAUCCUGUUGAUGGAACCACCAACUUCGUCCAUGGGUUUCCUUUUGUGUGUGUCUCCAUUGGCCUCACAAUUGGGAAAAAACCAACUGUUGGCGUUGUCUACAAUCCAAUCAUGAACGAGCUUUUCACUGGCAUCCGUGGGAAAGGUGCUUUUCUUAACGGUAGUCCAAUCAAAGUAUCUUCUCAGGAUGAACUUGUGAAGGCGCUCCUUGUGACAGAGGCCGGAACAAAGCGUGAUAAGUUAAAUGUGGAUGCUUGUACUAGCAGAAUCAACAACUUGCUUUUCCAGGUGAGGUCCCUGCGAAUGACAGGUUCUCUUGCACUGAAUCUAUGCGGCAUUGCCUGUGGGAGGAUUGACCUUUGCUAUGAGGCUGGGUUCGGAGGUCCAUGGGAUGUGGCUGGUGGUGCUGUUAUCGUUGAAGAAGCCGGUGGCGUUCUGUUUGAUCCAUCGGGAAAAGAUUUUGAUAUCACGUCUCAACGAGUAGCUGCGUCAAACCCUUUACUAAAGGAUGCUUUUAUUGAAGCCUUAAAGCAGUCUGAAUGAGAUUAUUCUCAACUCGAAAAGGUGAUCGCCCACUCCAGGUUUCCCUACGCCCAACCCGCCAAAGUGAAUGAGAUUGAGAUUAUUCUCUAUAUUUCAAAUGCACAAACUCAAAUGUGACCAAUAAUUGUUGUAUUAUCAUUCCUUGUUGGGUAUAUAUGACUUGAUGCUUUAAUGUAAUAACGUUAGUGGAGAAGAAAGGCUUGAUUCGGA